AUGCCUACGCAGCUUGCAUCUUGGUGCUUGCCUCAGGGUGACUUAAACAAGAUAAAUCUCCUCACGCAAACGGAACGCCUUGAAGGAAAGCAUCAAGAAAUCUCAUCACAGCUUGAAGAACGCGAUCGGAGCACCUCGGAAGUCAAUGCGUCCAUAGCUCAGCUGAAUGCAAAGGUACAGGAGAUGGACGCGAGGCUGACAUGGUGUUUCGAUGCUGAGCGACGCCUCUACAAUCGGCGUAAAACGAUCAUCGACUAUGUGAAACGGAAAGCCAACGAGGACAACGAGGAUAUUACUGAUACUAUCAAGAAAGUGGAUGCGAAGAGGAUCAAAUUGCAUCCACCAACGGGCAGGUCCCUAACCUCGCUGAAUCAAGCUCUGAGAAAGUUUGGCGAUGACUGGGACAAGCCCGCGCUGGCCGAAUAA